GUCAAAAUAUUUUUCUCAACGCCAGAAAACCAAAAUCGAAAAGGACCUGAAAUGUUACAGAAAAAACGACAGAAUAAACACAAUACAUAAUCAUAAUGCAUGACCGUACACGUUUUGUAACUUUGAUAUAGGCCUACUGAAAGCGAGGUUUGAUGGCCGAGUUGGCUAUCAUCAGUGUCAAACGCGAAACUGACAGAUAGGGAAGUGAGUUGACAUCGUCAUAUUUCACAACAGCAAGCAGAUGGGGAUAGCCAGUUCGGCGCAAGCAAAAUGAAAAACACCAUCAAAAUUAAAUGAACACUGCAUCGCUAAAGGAUGCACAAUGUUUUCUCGCUUGACGUCGACCCAAGACCUUUAAAACAACCCAGCGAGUCUGACUUGACUUGCCAGAACGUUUUUGAGAAGUAACACAGCUAACCAUGGGGACUACACUCAGUGAGCCGUGCAUUUAUGACAAAUUGUCAGAAAGUAUUGAUAUCCUGCGCCAGUCGGGUUAUCGGUACGGCAUGUCGGAGAGUGAGAUUGAGAAGUUUAUAAAGCAGGUCCUGGAAACGAACGAACCCAGGAGAGACCCACCCCAGUUCCCCAUCCUAAGAGCCACUGUUAAGUUUGUGGUGGUGGUGGUCCUGGUUUUAGGGGUGGUGCUGGCCUUCUCUUACCCCCAGAGCCCCCCCCAGCUGGGGCUCAUCAACAUGGGGGGCCACAACUGGUCCUCCCCCCUCAGUCACGUUCGCCUGCUGGCUCUGCCCAUCGCCAAGAAGUACAACCUGCAAGGGUUCCAUGAGUGGUGGAGUGCGGGGGCCGUGAGGCAGGGCCUGGUGAACUGUUCGGGCUGUGCGGAAGUGUCCUCGGUGCUGGAGGUCCCAGACACCCUGAGGGAGUCUGGAGCGCUGCGCCGCGGGCCCCAGCCCGUCCUGCUCAAGGGAGGAGAGACUCUGCUGGUGCAGAGGCAGCAGUUGGAGGAGCUGUACUCAGCCCACUCCAGCUCCAUGUCCAUCCUGCUGGAGGAGGACAGUCUGCUGCCGCAGGACCAAGGGUUCCCCCAGGGCCCGGCCAACUUCACCCUGCUCUGGAGGUUCCAUUCUGGAGCCAGGGAGAAGGUGUUGAGGUGGCUCUUCCCCAAGGCAGAGCUCUGCCCCCUUCUGGACAGCGCUGGAACUACACUGCAGCGAUGCCUGGUCACUCACAGUGCUAAUUCUCAGAGCAGGGGAGUCAGAGUUCUUGGCUGGCUGGUGGUAGGAGAAGGCUUGCCCACUGUCAGAGUGCUCCCCGUGCAUCGCUGUCAGAAACACUGCAGCUCCUUCAACCUCUGGCUGGGCCCUGGAGACAUGGUGUAUGCCGACCCCCGCUACUGGCAGAUGGAGCUGUUCCCCGGGAGAGGCCAGAACAUCGUCUGUGACGGCUCCGCCUUCUGAGGGAGGAGGGGACGCCCUCGCCCCUGACAACCACAGAAGAAGAGAGGGAGAAGAGGGAGACAGAACCUGUCCUCAAAAUCCCUUCUUUCUUUCCAGAAGCCCACAACUCUCUCGGUGGCAUCUGAUACGAGCGACUUGCUCUGGAGACACAGGCUGAUUGGAGCUUCGACACGUCCAGGGCUCGUCCCGCCCCGCUGGAGGCCUGGAUGCAGAACCUGCGCACUCACUCGGAACACGAGCCAGCGCUCACGCUCGCUGGAUCAACGUUCUCCUAAUAAAGGCUGCUUGCAGAACGCCAUCAACCCCUCUAUACCGAGCUAGCCCUAACUAGUUAGUUAAAUCCUCCUUUUCUACACCAGUGUCUUCUCCAACGUUCUCCCCAGCCAGAUCCACGACACUCAUCACGACUUCCACUCCUAUGUCCACUGAAGCCAUUCACUAACUGUGUCAUCAUCCCAAACGAAGGCCACAGAUCCUGGAUGCUGAUGCUGAUUCGCAGAUCCAAAGUCACAGGUGUGGUUUCUCAGUGGUACUUGGAGGCGGUAACCUGGCAGGCCUCACCGGACGAGGGCUCCUAAGAGGAGAGCUGCUGGGAGGGGAAAGGCUUUCAGACAAGUCGUCCUGCCUGUCAGCAUGUUAGACCUUUUGUCAGUUCAAGGUGUCCUAUUGUGGUGGAAUCGAAUAGAAUUACAGGGGACAUUCCAGAAUGGAAUGUUUGCAUUUGUUCAUGUUUUUGUAUUUCUUCUCCUGAAACAGAUUUUUUUUUAAGUUUUCACAGUGAGGGAUGUGUGACAUGCAUGAUUGUGAUCAUUCUGGCAUUGGCAAAUCAUUUUUAUUAUUUGUAAAAUGUUCAGUUCACUAAGGUGUAAUUACUUACAAGCAGUGUAUGUAUUUAGCAGAGCUGGCUGCCAUCUGCAUUUGUAUGAGUUUUUAUUUUUUAUUUUUCAAAUACUUUUUUGGUGUUUUUCUGAUUCUUGUCCCUUCCACAGUGAAAGCACUUUAUCUUGCAUUGGUUAACUGAUUGAUUGCCCUUGUUGAAUAUGUUGCACGGUAUUUCAAGAUGUCACACCUUGUCACGUCCUUUGAAUGGGUCAGCCAUUUUCUUUCUCUUUCACAGACCACUUGUUAAUGCAUUCUUAACACUUAUCUUAAGUUACUAUUUUACACAUUUUCAGGUUAUAACAUGAACUACCAUACCGUCACCUUUACACAGACAUUAUUGCAGAACCUUUUAGCCAAAUAUCAUUAUAAUCCAAAUAUUGAGUGUUUAGGCUGGAUUUUUACAAGGGGCUUUUGUUUUUCAGUACUGCUUUUUAUUAUCUGUUGUGAGAGUCAAGUGGAUGGGAGUGCACCAGAUGUGAUUGUAACCCUGGACAGGUUCAGGAGCCAGGCUGGAUGUCAGCGAUGCAGAGGAGCCAGGCUGGAUGUCAGCGAUGCAGAGGAGCCAGGCUAGAUGUCAGCGAUGCAGAGGAGCCAGGCUGGAUGUCAGCGAUGCAGAGGAGCCAGGCUGGAUGUCAGCGAUGCAGAAGAGCCAGGCUGGAUGUCAGCGAUGCAGAGGAGCCAGGCUGGAUGUCAGCGAUGCAGAGGAGCCAGGCUGGAUGUCAGCGAUGCAGAGGAGCCAGGGUGGUGUAGCCCUGGUGGGGAUGCAUCUACGUUCCGCUGGCUAAGUGAACCCGGUUCUUCAGUAAGACCCUUUCAUGGAGGGCGUUCUUGGUGUUUCCUGAUCUCAGUGCUGGGAUUGGCCCCGUGUUCUCAAAAAGGACUGUGCCCCAACAAAAAGUCCUUCAUUACGGUGGGUUCCAGUGUCUUCUGUCUAACCGAUAGGCCUUUUGGAAUGUUGUUUUUUUAAUGUUAUUUUUGCUGCUCAGAUAUUAGUUUGGAUCAAGGCUGCUCUGUAUCAGUUGAUUACUGAAGGUUCCGACAGUACCUUGGAUCCAAACUUGCCUUUUCUUCGUAAGCCUUAAUGCGAUUACAUUGGUUUUUACCUGCUUUCAAUCUUUCUUUUUAUUCAAACGUGUCGUUUAUUUUAGCCUUGAGCAUCAUUCAAGUUAAACAAAGAACAGGGACAUGCAUAGAAAGUUAAAACAUGUUAUCUUUCAAACUAGGAUGUCAUAUGUUUCAGUCACGAAAAAAAACUUAAGAUAGGCCUACUAUAUUUUUUUUGUUGAUUUAGCCACUUUAGUUUACAAAUCUAGAUACUUAUUGUUACUAAUUAUUUUUUGUUAGUUUUUUAAUCCAGUAUCAAACGUGCAAUGAAGAUGUAUAAAAUGGGAUGUUGAUUUAACUGUAGUUUCGUCAGGCGCAGAAUGUUUGGAUAAUGUUUCUAAAUAAAACGUUCUACACCCA